AUGAGUUCCAACACCAGUAUAACUGUUCGACCUGCCACAGUCCCUCUCGUCAUCGCACCAAAGGCUCUUGCAUCUCUGCUAGAGACGAACAAAGAUACCAACAGCAACAAGCUACGCAUACUUGACGCGACAUGGUUCAUGCCCAACUCCAAACCACCACGCAAUGCAUUCGAAGAGUUCAAAGCGGGUCCUCGUCUACCCAAAGCUCUCUUCUGGAACGUUGACAAAGUCGCGACUACUGGCGAGAGCGUUCGCAACCUUCCUCAUAUGAUGCCAUCCCCCGCGACCUUUGCUGAAGCAGCAUCAGAACACGGGAUUGAGCCAGAGACACAUGUGGUGGUGUACGACACGCACGGCGUCUUCUCAGCACCAAGAACCGCAUUCACUUUCAAAGCAUUCGGCCAUUUAAACGUGUCAGUACUCAACGGCGGUCUUCCAGCUUGGAUUGGUAACGGUCUCCCCACAGAGAGCGGCGAGCCAACCUCUGUGCCAAAGACCGCCUAUCUUGAGCCACAGCUGCAGGACGGCAUCAUCCGAUCAUUCGACGAGAUGGUCGCGAAUGCCAAGAUGGGCGCUCGAGGACAGACCGUCUUUGACGCACGGCCGAAAGGUCGCUUUGACGGCACAGACCCAGAACCCCGACCAGGACUAUCGUCAGGUCAUAUCCCCCACAGCACUUCGCUUCCCUUCCCUACCCUGCUCAACACAGAGACAGGGAAGGAUGGAAAGCAUUACACCGUGCUCAAGGACCAGAUAGAGCUGUGGAGAACUCUCAGCGACAUCGUUGGUGGCAUGGAAGCUUUGGACAAAUUGAGACAGGCGUCGAGCGGCGGAGAGUUGGCUGCUACCAACACGUGCGGUUCGGGUAUGACCGCUGCGACCAUCUGGUUGGCGCUGCAGGAGCUCGGUGUGCAGAGCAGUAUUUACGACGAGAGUUGGAUGGGAUGGGCAUCAAGAGAAAGUGAGGGUGUUCCAAUCGAUAAGAAUGUAUAG